AUGCCUCGAGACUUCGACCAGGCCCGACGUCGGAUCUACGCCGCCCAUGACGAGGAUCCGAAUAAGCACACCACCGCCGAUGGAGCCAGCACGCCCUACGAAACUCACUACUCCCACAAGAUGGAGAACUACCUCUCCAAGCGUGCACCCGAUGCUUCCGACGCUCUCAAGCUCGCCAUCUGCGGCCAGCAUUUCCGUCGCUGGGAGGUACCUCGAGACUCCUAUCCCAUGACCAAGAUUGGAUACCAUAGCUGGAGGACAUAUCUGAAGAAACGCCAGGCGCAACUCGUGGGCGACAUCCUGAAGGAUUCGGGGUAUGAUGACGAUGAGGUGAAGCAAUGCAUCAAGUUGAUUGAGAAAGAAGGUCUGAAACAGGGCGAGGAAGAGGUACAGGUCCUGGAAGAUGUCGCGUGCCUCGUCUUCCUCGACGACCAGUUCGACGAGUUCAAGGACAAGCAUGAUGAAGAGAAGAUGAUCAAUAUCCUCAAAAAGACGUGGGUCAAGAUGUCCAAGCAGGGGCAGCACAUGGCGCUGGAAAUCCCCAUGACGGACGAAUGCAAGGCUCUGGUCGGUAAGGCUCUGGGCGGGUGA